AUGGAGAACAGCUGUGAAGUAACACAGGCAAUGAACGAUCACAGGUUCUCGUCCAGCAGAGACGAUCAAUCACGUGCAGCGUCACCAGUGUCCGAGCAGUCAGGAUCAAAAGAUCACCCUGCAAAGCCACUCACUGGUGUACUAAGAUCUUCCAGGAGCUCUUCUGCUGUUUUAAAAAGCUUGAAUUGCUGCCAGGUGUGCCUGGGAGAGCCUCACUCGUGCACCUGCUCCACCUUCCUGAGGGAGAAGGCCCUCUGUAAGCACAUCUGCUGGAUAUUGCUGAAAAAGUACCGAUUACCAAGAGAUCAUGAAUAUGCCCUUAAGUUGGGUCUUCUGGAAAGAGAAAUUGAGGAUAUGCUUCAGCGACUACAACACCAACAGACAUUAAAUCCUGGGCAAACUCUCUUCUCACAAACAUUAAAGGAGGAGAAUGAUAGAUGCAUUCAUCAAAAAAAAAUUGGUGUAGAGGACGUCUGUCCCAUUUGUCAGGAGGAGUUACUAAAGAAGAUGCUUCCCAUCACUUACUGCAGAUAUAGCUGUGGUAACAACGUGCACAUAAAAUGUAUGAAAAUUUGGGCUGACCACCAAGAUGACCUGGGGGCUGACUCUGUAGUAAAGUGUCCACUCUGCAGGGAAGAAUUUGCACCUCUGAAGCUCAUUCUAGAAGAAUUUAGAAACUCUAGUCAACUUGUGACUGCAACAGAGAAAGCAAGACUGGAUAGGCACCUCGGAAUACCUUGUAAUAAUUGCAGAGCAUUUCCAAUUGUGGGAAGGUGCUACAAGUGCACUGAGUGUAUUGAGUAUCACCUAUGUCACGAAUGUUUCACUGGCUUUUGCCAUUCUCCACAUGUUUUUGUCUUCAGACAGAAGAGAAAUAAGAGAUGGAGAUCUCUUGAACAGCUUUCAGAACUCUCAGCCCAUGGAAGAAAACUUAAAAGCUUUAACCCAGGAAAUAAUUCUAAAGAAGCAGCAUUACAUCUUCAGGAGAAGACAAGUUGUACCCCAAAGGGCAUUGUAAAAUCUUUACCCAGCGUAUUAGUUAGAAAACAUAGUCAUUUACUUGCUCCAGGUAUUCAGUGUAGACACUGCUUGAAGCCCUUUCACCUUGGUCAACAUGUCAGACUCCUACCAUGUAAUCAUAAGUUUCAUAGGGAAUGUAUUGACAAUUGGCUACUGCAGCAAAGAAACACAUGUCCUAUUGAUGAAUAUGUUGUAUACAAUCCUUUGAUUUGGAAGGAUAUGGCAGCCAAACAUGGAAUCUGCCCAACAGGUUCUCACAGAAACGUUAGCAAACUUGCAGAGCAAGUGGAACCAGAAAUUUUUAUAUCUGGAAAAGGAUUGCUUCUCAAGCAAACAUUAUCUGGACAUGCAUCAGAAAGUUCUCAAAGUGGCUUCAAGAAGCCUUAUAACAAAGAUGUGGCAGACUCUCUAAGCUCUUUUGAGACAUCAUUUUGCAAGAAGUCCAAUACCAUCAGAUCUAGAAAGAAUGACAUUCGUAAUGCUGGGAGAAGCCAAUAUCAGUUUGAGUGUAGCAACAUGGACGAAGUAGUUCCUUUUAAAAAAGAUAUGGACUGUGAUAAUUGCACUAUUCUAAGAUAUCCCAGGGAGUUGAAUUUUGAAAUCAAGCUGGGUGCAGCAAGCCAUCCCUCAAAAAGGGCCAGUAAGGAUGUGGGAAACGCCAGCCAUCAAAGCAGACUUUUAACAAGACGACCACCUAAACAUCAUAAUCUGAACAUUAAAACAGCAAAAACAGAUUUAUUACUGGAGGCAAUUCCACUGCAUACCAGCUCAUGAUUAUUGUGUUUUAGAUAACAUAGCUGUAAUGUUUACUUUCCUACUCCAUACCUAAGAUUUCAUAAAAAAUGGGAAACAAGUUAAUAAAUGAAUACUCAGAUGUCAUGAACUGUAGCUACUACAAAAAUUUAGUCUGAGCGUUCCUCACAGCACUAAGUUAAUCUGCUCAAAUAAACACAGGAACUGAUAUGGCUGAUGUAGAUGCAUCUCAAAAA